AUGUUGUAUUCAUUAGAAUGGGAACCAAGAGAAAAUUCUUUUUAUAAUAUAUUAAAUAAUACUCUACCAGCUGAAGAUAAAGAAAAAUUAAAACCAUGGCAACUUUAUUUAAAACUUUUUAUUUCUUCACUUGAAAAAUUACCAUCAGUUAACCAAACUAUUUAUCGAGGAGUAAAAAUGGCUUUAAGUACACAAUAUCCACAAGGACAAAUAUUUACUUGGUGGGGAUUUUCAUCAUGUACAAAUUCAGUACAAGUGCUUCAAUCGGAACAAUUUCUUGGAAAAACAGGAGAUAGAACUCUCUUCAAUAUUGAUUGUGAACCUGGUAAAAAUAUUUAG